AUGGCAAGCACCGCAUCCUCAGCUCGCGACAUCAUGACGGACGCCUCGCUCAAGGUCUCCGAAACGACCCGGGACACCGUCUCGGCCGUCCGCCAUUCAGGCCCCGUCCAGAACUACAUCAUGCCCGCUUUCAACUACACCCGUCAAAAGUACCAGUCCUCCAGUCUGUUGGUCAAGAUCACGUUGAUGACGUUUGCAGUGCUGAGCGCGAUCCCCUUGGCUUGCUUCGCGGGGUUCAUGGGCGUUGUCACAUUGGGGUGCCUUAUCGUUGGCGGUAUCGGGGUUACCAUCAUCGAGGGAGGAUUCGCGAUGUUCGCAUCGGCGUUCUUGUUGCCGGCGUUGGGGGUGGUCUGCUUGGUAUCGGCGGCGUUGGGGCUGUUUGGGCUGGUGAUGUAUGCAGGCUACAUGUUCACCUGCUACGUGGUUGGACUCGUCUGGGGAUCGGCAUCCAAGCGCGAUGUCCGCGGCAACGUCCAGCAAGGGGCUGAGCAGGCCCAGGCCGCCGCUCAGCGGGCCACCGGAUCCUCGUAA